GAACGCAAGAACUCCGCCGGUGACAUCGCCGGGUCCGACAUCCCCAGAAACUACAAAUGUUCGAAUUGUGGAAUUUCGUUCAAGCGAUCGUCGGACCUUAAGCGGCACGAGAAAAUCCAUCUCAAGGUUCCCCCAAACAUAUGUCCUUUGUGCCACAAAGGGUUUGCCCGGAAAGACGCCCUGAAACGGCAUGUCGACACCUUGACAUGUAAGCGUAACAGACAGCGGCUUCUU